AUGAGUAUCAAGCCAUCUGUGGGUUGUGAGCGUUGUGUGGAUUCUCUCGUGUCUCUUUGGAGCUUCGUAUGUGGUUCUACUUUGUUUCUGUUCCUUCUUUACAUUGAUGUUUCCUCUUCGAUAGUAAACUGUGUUUUUAAGUCCCUUCUUCUUCAGAGUUGUUUGCUAGUCCCCACAUCGCUAAUCGUUGUAUCUAACGUAAGCAGAUUUGUUAAUGGCGUCCAUCAAUGCCCUAUUUAUGGGAACUUUUGGCGCGCAUACUUUCUAGGCUGUGUUUUCGGUCUUGGAUCAUUCUUUGCCUUUCAAUCUGCCAUGAGGAAAAUUCGAAGUGACUUUUGUACAUUUGGAAUUUAUCUUGACUUCCUUGCAUUUUUCCACUGGUCCGAGUUUUUUUUCACUUCCAUUUACAACCUGAGUAAUUGUUCACUCGACAUAUAUAUGCUCACACAUAGCUCUGAAUAUGUUCUAGCCCUUACCGCGAGUGUACUUGAGUACUGGCUAGAGAAAUACUUCCUAUACGACGUGUUUUCAUCAUACAAAUGGAGUAUUACUGUUAUCAACUGUCUGGGGUCUGGAAUGUGCAUUUUCGGCGAAGUUUUACGUAAACUAGCUCUGCUCACAGCUGGGGGAAAUUUCAAUCAUUAUGUGCAGUUCACAAAAAAUCGCAAACAUCAGUUGGUAACAAGUGGAGUUUACUCGUGGUUUCGCCAUCCGGCUUAUGUUGGGUGGUUCUGUUGGUGCAUUGGUACUCAGAUUUUACUCAUCAAUCCCUUGUGUCUAGUCGCUUAUACUAUAAUGACAUUUGUUUUUUUCAAAGGAAGAAUAUAUGCUGAAGAAAAGGCACUAGUAGAUUUUUUCGGAGAAAGUUAUCGAAAGUAUCAAAAAUUGGUUUCUACUGGAAUACCUUUCAUACAUGGAUAUGUAUCUCACUAA